AUGAACCAGCCGUUAGAUUCCGUCUCUUACGACCUAAAAAAAGUCGGGAAGGAACUUUUAGAACACAGCGGCACAUACUUUUGCGAGCUGAACGUCUUCUGUGCUGAUCACGAACAUUCCAACGCCACGAAACCGCAAGACCUACUAAAUAGGGCCCGUAUGACUCUCAGCAAAGUGGAAGCUGAUCUGAAGUUUUGGGAUGACAUUGUGCAACAUGCCGUCAUUCCCACUGAAUCUCUGCAAGACAUAGCUGCCGCUGGCGAUAAACUUCGUAAAGUGAAGUCUGAAGUCGAGCAAAUAAUUGAAAGCCUAAAGAUAAAGAAGUUUUUAAAUCAACCCAUAUUUGACACAUAUUUACACCCAAGCCUACGUUUCUACAAGAAUUCUAAAAUUCCGUUGUCGCGCUCGGUUGGCCAGGGCUCUGGUCUCCUAAUCGAUGCAUUACCUUUGGAUGGAGGAGAUCUCGACCUCGACCACCAACCCGUACAACCAGAGAGUAUUGUCUUCAGCUCUUUUCCUUUUCCUACGCCACAUGAAAACUCGCAGCAGUUUCAUAAACUCUCCCUACCCUAG